AGCUCAGAGGCAGCCGCUCAGCCCGUCUCUCUUGUGGACUGUAAAUGGGAUGAACGACCGCCUGAUUCCCUCUCCGAACCCGCAUCUGUCCUGCACCUUCGUGUCUGACUCUCUGACGAUUUGGAAAGUAAGCUUUCUCUCCAGCUACGACUGUGGACAGAAAACGAGAAGUCAAAAGAAGGGCAUCGGCUCAAACAGUGGGAUAAUAAAGUUAUCAGUCUUGUUGUAAAGUUUCCUUAGAGAAAACGUACGCCAUGGUCACCUUCCUAAGGAGUUUGCUCUGGAUACUUGUGUUGUCGCCCAGUCUGAAAUGUGAAGAUAAUCUGGGCCUCUCAGUAGGCAUAGGUGGUGUGGCUGAAGCUCAGAGUGGAGCUGCGCCAACAGUCGAAGGAUAUUUUUUGGAGUUCCAGGAGCCAGUCAACAACAUCACCCUCUUUCAGGGGCAGACAGCCACCCUUCAUUGCAAAGUGGCAGGAAAUCCUCGACCGUCUAUCCGCUGGCUGAAGAAUGAUGCCCCUGUAGUACAGGAACAGGGACGCAUAACCAUCCGCAAGACAGAGGCAGGCUCAAAGCUCCGCAUCCAGGACCUGGACACAACAGAUACGGGCUAUUAUCAGUGUGUUGCAUCUAACUCAGUCAAAGUCAUUUCUGCCACAGGUGUUCUUUAUGUCAAACUAGGACAGAUGCCCACACGAGGCCCAGCUGAACCGUCACGUGAAAAACAUUUUUGCCAGCCAUAUCGAGGCAUUGCCUGUGCUCGAUUCAUCGGUAACCGCAGUAUCUAUGUUGAGUCUCUGCAGAUGCAAGGGGAGAGUGAAAACCGCAUUACAGCUGCCCUCACUAUGAUUGGAACAUCCACCCACCUGUCUGAUCAGUGCUCUGAGUUUGCCAUCCCAUCCUUCUGCUACUAUGUCUUCCCUCUGUGUGAUGAGCAAUCUCGGGGCCCUCGGCGCCGUCAACUCUGUAGAGAUGAGUGCGAGGCGCUGGAGAAUGACCUUUGUCUUGCUGAGUACACCAUUGCCAGAUCGAAUCCUAUGUUACUCAUGCAGCUUGAGCUCCCAAGCUGCCACUUGCUGCCACAGCCAGGAACACCUGCUGCAGCUUCCUGUAUGAGGAUAGGAGUACCACCAGAAAAAUUGGGUUCAUAUUCCCCCUCAGAUCACAGCUGCUAUAAUGGAAGUGGAGUUGACUACAGGGGCACAAUCAGCAUCACUAAAUCUGGUCACUACUGCCAGUCAUGGAGCGCUCAGUACCCUCACAGUCACCACCUGUCCCAGGAGUAUCCUGAGCUCUGGGGAAGUCAGAACUUCUGUCGUAAUCCAGGAGGACUAAUGCAGGCACCCUGGUGCUUCACCCUGGACCCUCUGGUCAGGGUGGACUUAUGUGAAAUCCAGCCCUGCAAGCCACAAGAAAACCCCAGGAAGGAGAUCCUGUUUAUUUUAAUACCUGCAGUUGCCAUCCCAUUGGUUAUCGCUUGCCUUUUCUUUCUGGUUUGCUUGUGUCGCAAUAAACACAAGGCUUCAAAUGACACACCACCUCGUUCCCAGCUCAGCAGCUCACCCUCCCAGGACACGGAGCUGUCGCCCCUGAAUCAUCAAAAACAACAGGCGAAGCUGCGUGAGAUUAACAUGUCAGCAGUGCGAUUUAUGGAGGGGCUCGGUGAGGACCGGUUUGGCAAGGUGUACAAGGGCCACCUAUAUGGCACAGUACCUGGUGAGCAGACCCAAGUGGUGGCCAUAAAAACUUUAAAGGACAAGGUAGAUUCUGCUCUUUGUGAGGAAUUUCACCAUGAAGCUAUGGUCCGUUUCCAUCUGCAGCACCCAAACAUUGUUUGUUUGCUUGGCGUGGUCACCAAAGAGCAGCCAAUGAGCAUGAUUUUCACCUAUUCCAGCCUUGGUGACUUGCAUGAGUAUCUGGUAAUGCGCUCCCCUAACUCAGAUGUUGGCAGCUCAGAUGAUGACAAGACAAUCAAAUCCACUCUAGAGCAAGCUGAUUUUAUUCAUGUUAUCACCCAGAUUGCUUCUGGAAUGGAGUACCUUUCCAGCCACCAGAUAGUCCAUAAAGACCUUGCUGCUCGAAACAUUCUUGUGUUUGAAAAACUCGGUAUCAAAAUCCUGGAUCUUGGGCUAUUCAGAGAUGUUUACUCUGCUGAUUACUACAGUCUCAUGGGAACAAGUCCUUUCCCUAUUCGUUGGAUGUCCCCAGAAGCUAUUAAGCAUGGCAAAUUCUCCACCGACUCUGACAUCUGGUCUUAUGGAGUGUUGCUGUGGGAGAUAUUCAGUUAUGGUCUUCAGCCAUAUUGUGGCUACUCUAACCAGGAUGUAAUUGACAUGGUGCGCAGCCACCAGUUACUGCCCUGUCCAGAUGACUGCCCGUCCUGGAUUUACACCCUUAUGUUGGAGUGUUGGAGUGAAGUCCCAGCCCGGAGAACUCGCUUCAAAGACAUCCAUGCACGUCUGCGCUCCUGGGAGAGCCUGUCCAACUAUAAUGGCUCUGCUCAGGUGUCUGGCACUAGCAAUAAUACUACCCAGACCAGCUCUCUUAGCACCAGCCCUGUUAGCAACCUUAGCAUAAAUACAACAAGUGCAUCAAGAUACACCAGCCCUAAAAAGAGCUCACCAUUCCAUCAGCCCCAAUUCAUGCCAAUAAAGGGUCAACUACAUCGGCCAAUGGUGCCCCCACAGCUCUACAUCCCUGUCAAUGGAUAUCACCCAAUUCCAGCUUACCCAUACCUGCAGAACUUUUACCCCAUGCAAAUACCGAUGGCAAUGCCACACCAGCAGAUCCACCACCCACAACAAAUGGUUACCAAAGCAGGUUCUCAGCAUAGUGGCAGUGGAUCCACAUCUACAGGAUAUGUGACCACUAUCCCUUCCAACACUUCUGCCACAGAGAGAACAGCAAUGGUAAAUGAGGACUCUAAGACCAACGAUGAAGAAUUGGCUGAUGGGGCAUCAGAGGAAGGACUGAACCAAAAUGAGGACUUGGCAGUGCCAGAAACAGAAUUACUAGGUGAAAGUGAGGCUCCUCAGACUGAAGAAUUGGUGAUCCACUUGUCUGACACAUAAGUGAAGGACAGUAGAUCUGAAAUAAUAUGCCAGCUGUGCUAUUUUUGCCCAAAAUUCUAUGAACACAUUGAAUGAAGGGAACCAUUUUUCCACAACAGUGAAUAAAUGUCUUUGUAUAUGAUGUCCCAUGUUUGUACCUCUCAAACCCCUGUGUAAGUGAUGAAGUAAAAUGAAUUGUGCUAUUCCUCUUUUUUAAAUGUUGCCAUUUGGAAGAAGUGAUAUUCUUUCAGUUUCUGUGGAACAUAAAACUUGUUCUUAACUUUAGAAAAGUAUUUUAGAAUUUUUCUUUACAAUGGUAGAUUGUUUACCUUCUGUAAUGCUCCCGGUGUUACCAGAUUUUAAUUUUCACGUGCCAGUGAGACAGUUUGUGUGGAGUGUAAUAUGGAUGAUGAUCUUGCCGUCAGUGCCACCAUUAACUCUUGGAUGCCAUACCUUCGACUUACUAAUGGAAACUGAUUGUUAAACGAAGGCUGAGAAGAUUCCUAAAUGACUUUGUUCAUUGAAAUGAAAAAAUGUAUAUUUGAUAACUCAGAAGUGAAAAGUUUCUACUGUGCUGAACAAGUGUUUUGCUUAUGUGCAACUCUUGUACCCCCAAUUUUUAAGCUUGCUUUUUAUGUUAUCAUUGUAUUGUCUGACAAUGCAGAACAACAGUUUUAUGGUGUAUAGAACUGAUUCAGAAUUGAUUUUUUUUUUCAUUAAAAUGGUUGCGUAUAACACACAUUUCCAUCCAUCAAAACAAUAAAGGUUUACACCUGUAUUUUGAUAAUUUUCAGGCCAGAGACAGUUUUUAUUCCACAUGACACGUGUUCCAUGAAUUUGGUACUGUUAACAUUAACUUUUAUACCCAGCUGAAUAGAUCUGUAAUUUAUUACUUUGGUUUGAUUUUUUUUUUUAGGUUUUUUUUUUUAGCUUUUUUUUUUUUUUAGCUUUUUU